CCCAAUUCCAACCCCGAUAGCGGCGAUAUCUUUGAUGGGGUUGUGGUGGGGCGCCGCGUGGGGCGGAUCCCUCGCUUAGGGUAGUUCUCGACCAAUGACAAGCGCGAUCUGGGGCUCAUCUGCCGAAAACUUUCUGACUAAAGGCAAUAAGUUUGUUUUCGUGACUGUCGAGUCAUAUAGUUCCAAGUCAAUGUCUAGUGAGUGAUCAACCGUCAGUUUUUUCUCCGGAGCUUCCUAGACCAACUGAAAUGGAGCAUUCUCUACUUCAUCAUCAAUCCAAAUUACAAGGAACUUCAAGUCGAAUCCUCUACGAUAUUCCAUGUAAAGUUUGUCAAGAUCAUUCUUCUGGAAAACAUUAUGGAAUCUUCGCAUGCGAUGGGUGUGCAGGAUUCUUCAAGAGGUCGAUUCGCCGAAACAGACAAUAUGUUUGCAAAGCGAAAUGCGAAGGAAGCUGCUUGGUGGACAAAACACAUCGCAACCAGUGCAGAGCUUGUCGACUGAGGAAGUGUGUGGAGGCUGGCAUGAAUAAAGAUGCGGUGCAACACGAGCGAGGUCCUCGCAACUCGACGCUUCGCCGACAAAUGGCGCUCUAUUUGAAAGAGGGUGAAGGGGGCUCACCCACCCCGAUUCUCGAUCUGGCCAUGCCCAAGGUUUCAACGGAGCCUCUGCCUAGACCACCUCCGCCACCCCAUCUGCCGCCCCCACCGUUUGUGCCUGUGCCGCCUCAUGCCACCAAGGUUCCAUUUUUCAUGGGCGCUUCGACUUUGCCGUUGACGAUAGACAGCGAGGAGGUGAUCUGUGAAUCGGCCGCUCGUCUGCUCUUCAUGAACGUCAAGUGGGCCAAGCAUGUGCCCGCGUUCACAUCUCUACCUCUCGAUGAUCAGUUGAUCCUCUUGGAGCAGAGCUGGCGCGAGCUCUUUGUGCUGGGAGCAGCGCAAUUCCUGCCGCCGUUCUCGCUGAACCCACUGCUGAGCAGCGUCGACCCCGCGUCGCCGAAGGGCGCCCGCGUCCUGCAGGAGGUCGCUUCCUUCCAGGAGUCACUGGCCAAACUCAGGAGUCUGGCUCCUGACCAGCACGAGUACGCCUGCCUCAGAGCGAUCGUUCUAUUCAAAACCGAACUGGAAGGAGUUGAAACAGAUAAACGACUUCACGAGGCUUCCACAGUAGCAGCCCUUCAAGAUCACACCCAAUUGAUGCUGAACAAAUACAUAAGCACAGCACAUCAGUCACAACCAUUUCGUUUCGGCAAACUUCUCCUUCUGCUUCCCGCGCUAAGAGCAGUGUCCAACUCAACCAUAGAGGAGCUCUUCUUCAGAAGAACCAUUGGCCACAUUCCUAUCCAAAGAAUAAUCUGUGAUAUGUACAAAACAAACGAUUUAUAGUAUCCACCUAUACUUGAUGAGAGAAUGACAAAUGUAAUAUAUGAUUUCAAAUUAUAUUUUAUACAGUAUAGUAAAUAAUAUCUUCAUAGUAGUAGUAUGUACAUUAUUCAUCUUCGAGAAAAUAUGUUAAAUGAUAUUUUCAUAAAUCUUGUUUAAUGGAAGUGAGAAAAUAACACACAUUACUCGUGUAACAAACAUUUCUCUGUUAUUUAUUGAAGCACUAGGGUUAUCGCCUUUUUCGAAAAAUAUUGUCUUUCUAUAGUAUUCUCAUUCAACUUUAGGGAUGGACUAGUUUUAGAAGUGAACUAUGCUAUAGAAUCAGUAAAUUUGUUUGAGUGCAUUACAAAUAAGUCACGAAUUCUUUUUUCGUACUAAAAGUUACUUCAGAAUGACCUUAUAAUAAGAUCUAAGAUCUUAUAAUAAGAGCUUUUAAAGCUCACUCUUCACGUUUCGAAUGGUGUUGCAGCUUGUAGCAAAUUCAAACUCUUAAUCCAUUCAAAUUGGCAAGAUAAUAGAUUAUCAUCAUCCUGCUAUAAGCUAUAAAACCAGAAUGAUAACUACCAUUCCUUCCAUAUUAAUGUCAGCUGCCAAUCAAUCAUUCAAUGGUAAAAUCUGCAAUUAUUGUCAGUGUAUAUGAAUACAACUACUAAAUGAGGUCAUGCAAUUAUAAUAUCUAAAAUUUAUUCAUGAUAAUCAAGUCUAUAAUUUCAUUUCUUCAUGUGAAAAAACCAAUACUAUAAAAUUACUUAUAUCCAGAUCAAUAACAAAAAUUAAUAAAGCCUGAAAUGAAUUAUUAAUAGCUAGGCCUAUAGAUUCUAUGAACUGUUAUUACUUCAAGCUCAUGAAAAUGCCUUACAUUUCUGUACAUAUUUGUUCCAACUGUGAUUUUUUGCUAGAAUUUAUGAUUAUAAAAUCAAUUAUUAGUAUACGAGGAAUUUGAGAAAUAUUUAUAUAGAUGUAAAAUUGCAAUGUAUAGUUCACUACAUUAUUUUUAUGAAAAUCACAAAUAUAUUUAUUAUUGAACACUGA